CGGGCCCCUCAAACUCAACUGGACCUGGUGGACCUGCCUCAUCCUGGCCUCCUCCAUCCACCCAGAAGCCGGGGGUCGUCCAGGUUCCUCCAUCAUCUGCAUCUGUCUCUGAGCUGUAGGAAUCCUGCCUGGGGAAUGUGUCCCUGCCCUUCUGUCCUCUGGGUAGAGUAGCACUUUGGCCCCGCCGACCUGCUCCUGCUGCAGGGACAGCCCUGGGGACUCAAGCAGGACAUCCCAACCCCAGGCCCCAGACCCCUGGGUUUGGAGCUGGAGGGAUGCUCUUCUCGGGGCUCAUGGUGGGGCGGGGAGCUGGCUACCUGGGUCUCUGGACCCAGCUGUCUGGCUCUAGGCCCCAACUCCAGAUGCCCCCGGCCUCAAGGACCCUCCUCCACAAGGGCACCGAAGGCAGCGGCCGGCUGGGUGGGGAGGGGCUGAGGGCCCUGCAGCGGCCAAAGCUCUGGGGGCUAGGUGGCCACAGAAGCCUGAAGUGCCGGGUCUUCCCCCCUGGCCCCCUUGCGGCAUCAUCCACUGACCAGCUGCUCUGUCCCUGGUCCCCAGGCUGUGGGGUCCCUGCCAUCCACCCCCAGCUGAGUGGCUUGUCCCGGAUCAUCAAUGGAGAGGAUGCUGUCCCCAACUCCUGGCCCUGGCAGGUGUCCCUGCAGACUAGCUCCGGCUUCCACUUCUGCGGGGGCUCCCUCAUCAGCCAGCACUGGGUGGUCACGGCCGCCCACUGCGGGGUCAGGAAGAGCCACCUGGUGGUGGCUGGGGUGUCCGACCACAGCUCUACGGAGGAGGCCGUGCAGGUGUUGCCCAUCGCUGAGGUUUUCGAGCACCCCCUGUGGGGCCAGGAUCUGGGCCCCUACGACAUCGCGCUGCUGAAGCUGGCCGCGCCCGCCCUGCUCUCGGCCACCGCGUCCCCCGUGUGCCUGCCCGGCGCCAACGCCAGCUUCCCCGCGGGCUCCCUCUGCGCCACCACGGGCUGGGGCAGGACCCGGUACAACUCCAACAAGACCCCCGACAAGCUGCAGCAGGCGGCCCUGCCCCUCCUGUCCAACGCCGAGUGCAAGAAGUUCUGGGGCAGCAAGAUCACCGACGUGAUGAUUUGCGCCGGUGCCAGCGGCGUCUCCUCCUGCAUGGGUGACUCUGGUGGCCCCCUGGUCUGCCAGAAGGAUGGAGCCUGGACCCUGGUGGGCAUCGUGUCCUGGGGCAGCGGCCGGUGCAACCCCUCCUCACCAGGGGUGUACACCCUUGUCACCAAGUUUAUUCCUUGGGUUCUUGAAAUUCUGGAGGCCAACUGA